AUGAGAGCACGUUCUGUUGCAUUUCAAGGCAUUCGUGAUUGCAUGAAGAAAUUUGGUUACAUCGCGAAAGUGAUAAGGGAGGACAAUGAGUGGUUCGUGCAACCAUGGCUUAAAUCCUCCGCUUGGGCUGAAAACGUUGAUCUUAAAGAGCGUUAUCUCCUCCAGCUAUAUCACUUAUCUGAAUGUCUGCUUGUCUCUCCACCCGUUAGCCAUGUCGCACCAAGUACAGACGAUGUGCAGACCAUGAGUAUUCCACAUCCUUCUUCUCAAGCACUUGGUACCGCCUCUACCAUCGGCUUGGUGAGAGUGGAGGGGACACAUCCUACCGAAAUCGGUUAG